UCCCCACCACCUCUUUUUUCUGUAAUUUCCCGCCUUUCCUCAUCACGUUUCCCGCUCGGGAGAAACCCUAACGAUGGCGCAGAAGCACGGCAGCGCGCCCGAUCCAGCAGCCGAGCCCAAGAAGCGGCGGCGCGUCGGUUUCUCCGGCAUCGAUGCUGGAGUUGACCCAAAUGGCUGCAUCAAAGUGUAUCUGGUGUCCAAGGAAGAAGAAGUGGGAGCUCCAGAAAGCUUCUGCCUCGAUCCAGUUGAUUUGAGUCACUUCUUUGAGGAAGAUGGAAAAAUCUAUGGAUACCAAGGUCUAAAUAUAACCAUGUGGGUAAGUUGCGUAUCAUUUCAUGCAUAUGCAAAGAUUGCUUUUGAGAGCAAAUCAGAUGGAGGCAAAGGAAUCACAGAUCUGAACACUGCUCUUAAGAAUAUGUUCGGUGAAACUCUUGUGGAUAAUAAAGACGACUUCCUUCAAACUUUUUCCAAGGAGACCCAAUUUAUUAGGUCUGCAGUUUCAGCUGGGGAGAUUUUACAGCAUAAAUACUCUGAUGGCGAUGUCAACGAUUCAAUUAGUAAUCUAAAAGCAGUUAGUUCUGAUGUCGAGGUGGUGCGCAUGCUGAUGGGCAAUAUGACAGCGGGACACCUGUAUAGUCGGUUGGUCCCUCUUGUUCUGCUUCUUGUAGACGGUAGCAAUCCUAUUGAUGUAACAGAUUCAAGUUGGGAGCUGUAUCUUCUUAUUCAGAAGACCAGUGAUCAGCAAGGCAAUUUUCAAGAUAGGCUUCUUGGUUUUGCCGCUGUAUACCGUUUCUAUCACUAUCCUGAUAAUUCGCGACUGCGGCUGGGUCAGAUUCUAGUAUUACCACUUUACCAGCGCAAAGGCUAUGGCUGCUAUCUCCUGGAGGUGCUUAACAAUGUCGCAAUAGCCGAUGGUGUUUAUGACUUCACAAUAGAGGAGCCAGUGGAUAAUCUUCAACACUUGCGAACAUGUAUCGAUGUGCAACGGCUUCUGAGCUUUGACAAAGUCCAGCUGGCAGUAUAUUCAACAGUGUCUCAGUUGAAGCAAGGCAAACUAUCAAAGAAAACCUACAUCCCUCGGUUGUUGCCUCCUCCUAGUGUGGUUGAGGAUGCCAGGAAGCGUUUCAAAAUCAACAAGAAGCAGUUUCUUCAAUGUUGGGAGAUUCUGGUCUAUCUUGGGCUUGAUCCAGCUGAUAAGAGCAUACAGGAUUAUUAUUCUGUCAUUUCAAACCGUGUCAGGGCCGACAUUUUGGGAAAAGACUCUGAGACUGCUGGGAAGAAAGUGAUUGAAGUACCGAGUGAUUUUGAUCCAGAUAUGUCAUUCGUCAUGCAUAGGGCACAAGCAGGUGGUGAAGCUAAUGGUAUCCAGGUGGAGGACAACCAAAACAAGCAAGAAGAGCAGCUGCAGCAGUUAAUUGAUGAAAGAUUGAAGGACAUCAAGCUGAUUGCUCAGAAGGUAUCUCGGAAAUGAGCGCAGAAAAGGUCAUGUAAUACCAAUAUUGUAGCCGUUGGGAUGGAAUUAACAAAGGUCCUUUAGAUGACUGAGGUGGGCAUUGCCCUUUUAGCUUGUGAUUUGAGAAACCCUUGCAGUCCGCGAUUUGCGGAUCAUGACAGCAUGGUUUUGCUUAUUCUCAAUCCCUAGUUUUGGAUCCAUUUUCAGGAGAAUUAGAUCGUUUCCAA